AUGGCUAGAACCAAGCAGAUCGCCUGGAAGAAUCGUAACGCCAAAACUCUUCGUGCUCGCCCGAGCGUGCAAAAAGGCGAUGCUGACGUCAAACCUAACUUGAAGCAGGAGAGCGACCUGCUCGCUGCUUCCGGCUCCUCUGAAAAGCGCGAACUCGAUUCUUCCCCUGCGAACAGCUCUGACGUGUUCGUUGAAGACUUCGAACUCGAAACGAAGGCCGAAAUAAAAUCACCUAAGUCGCCCAGGAAGGACUAUGGCCGGGCACCGCCUGUAAGCUGGACCAAGGAGGAGACGAAAGCACUUCUUGACGUGCAGUACGAAGUAGCCAAAGAAAACAUGUCUCGAUUCUUGGAAAAAACUGAGCUGGCCGGUCGCAACACCGCGAAAAUCCACGGGAAGCUGAAGGGUAUGCAUGCUGCUGCCAUCAAGGCUCUUGAGUCGGGACCCAGCGACGUCAGGCCCAAGUCGGAGCGAGUUGGCGGCUUACUCUCAUGA